AGUGUCUUUAACUUUAAUCGAAAUGCCACGAGCGUGAAAGUCAUCAGGCUGUCACGGAUCUGCGCGUGGCCAUGACCGGCAUGAUAAAGAACCGGACGGUUUUUCGGCGAGGAAAACGGCUAAUGGGCGAAAGAUGAGGAGAAAAACAAUAGCAAAGCGCAUCCUGUACAGUGGAUACGAGGCACACGAAGAGACACCCGAAGAAACCGGCGCGAGGGCGAACCACGUCUUCAUUCAAGAGCCGGCGAAGAGGAGAAAAUGGAGAGAACUAAAUGGAGAGGACAUCUCAUCUUGCAACGCUGACUAUGUUAAGUUCAAAACAAAGGCUUUUGAGGUUGACAAGCCCCUUGGAGAUGCAACAAGGGAUGCAAAUUUUACUAUGGAGGUGCUCGGAAGCCUCCAAUCACGUUCAAGGGCGGAGCUUAUCACCAUGGUGGUGAGCAUGCAGAGGGAGAUGGACGGCCUCCGAGAACAAAUCAGAAGCCUUACAGCUUGUGGGAAGUUGGCUCAGACACUUGAAGAGCUGAUCGAGAAGAGUGAUAGAUGGCUGUGCGGCAGCCAUGAAGCUGCAACUCCCAGCAUUCCAAGGGAGCUUGAGAGAAGCAGGCCACCCAGUCACAUUUCUCCUCCAAGGGUGCUUAGUGGAAGAGCAGCUGAAUGUGCAAGUUCAGAGCAGCAGGGGUGUGGUCAGUAUGAGGUCACACAAACAAUGCCUCAAAUGAAUGGAACGCUUCCCGAACAAAAAGUUAUCACUGCUGAUCUCCUGGAGCACUGCAACACAGGGACCACCGCUCAGAAACUCACCAAUGACCUGCUGCGCAGCCUCUACGACAGAGACUGUCUGGCCUCUCACUCAAUCUCAGGCAUCGUCAACAGCAAGCGAGGGAUGCCUAAGCCAGCUCUUCCAGCACAUGAGAUCCAGGCCAUUCUGAGGACAGUGCAGCGGUUCUUCCCUGGAAAGACUGAUUCAGAAAUAAAGGGCUACAUACGACAGAAGCUUCAGAAUGAGGCCAAGAGACUCCGGAAAAGGCCACACCCAUCCAUUGAUCCAUUGGUGGGCUCGUUUGAGAAGUAGAGAGCAAUGUUUGAGCAUUGAGUGUUGACUUCCAUUGGACAUCCCCAGUGAACGUAGUUAGUUGAAGAAUUUAAAAUCAAAUUUAAC